CCCCUUUGGCCCCGCCUCGCCACUCGCAAUCCGCGGGCGGGUCGCCUGCCCCGGAGAGCCAGAGCCGAUACUAGAAGCACGGCCCGCCCUGCCGGCCCCUAGCGCUCCUGCUCUCGCCUGACCAGGCGGUGGGCCAUGUACCGGGCUGCGGCCGCUGCGCAUCCCCAGGCCUGGCGAUGAGGAGCGGCGCAGAGCGCAGGGGCAGCAGCGCCGCGGCGCCCCCCGGCUCGCCGCCUCCGAGCCGCGCGCGUCCCGCGGGCUCCGAUGCGCCCCCCGCCCUGCCGCCGCCAGCAGCCAGCCAGCCCCGGGCCCGGGACUCCGGCGAUGCCCGCGCACAGCCGCGCCCCCUGUUUCAGUGGAGCAAGUGGAAGAAGAGGAUGUCUAUGUCGUCCAUAUCGGCAGCCAGCGCGCGGAGGCCGGUGUUUGACGACAAGGAGGACGUGAACUUUGACCACUUCCAGAUUCUGCGAGCGAUUGGGAAGGGCAGCUUUGGCAAGGUGUGCAUCGUGCAGAAGCGGGACACAGAGAAGAUGUAUGCCAUGAAGUACAUGAACAAGCAGCAAUGCAUCGAGCGUGAUGAGGUCCGAAAUGUCUUCCGGGAGCUGGAGAUCCUGCAGGAGAUUGAGCAUGUCUUCCUGGUGAACCUCUGGUACUCAUUCCAAGAUGAGGAGGACAUGUUCAUGGUGGUGGAUCUGCUUCUGGGUGGAGACCUGCGCUACCACCUACAGCAGAAUGUCCAGUUCUCAGAGGACACAGUGAGGCUGUACAUCUGUGAGAUGGCCCUGGCCCUGGACUACCUGCGGAGCCAGCACAUCAUCCACAGAGAUGUCAAGCCCGACAACAUUCUCCUGGAUGAACAAGGACAUGCACACCUGACCGACUUCAACAUUGCCACCAUCAUCAAGGAUGGGGAGAGGGCGACAGCUUUGGCUGGGACCAAGCCAUACAUGGCUCCAGAGAUCUUCCACUCUUUCGUCAAUGGCGGCACUGGCUACUCCUUCGAGGUGGACUGGUGGUCAGUCGGGGUGAUGGCUUACGAGCUGCUGCGAGGAUGGAGGCCCUACGAUAUCCACUCGAGCAACGCCGUUGAGUCACUCGUUCAGCUCUUCAGCACCGUGAGUGUCCAGUAUGUGCCCACCUGGUCCAAGGAGAUGGUGGCCCUGCUGCGGAAGCUCCUCACGGUGAACCCUGAGCACCGAUUCUCCAGUCUCCAAGACAUGCAGACAGCGCCAUCGCUGGCCCAUGUGCUGUGGGAUGACCUGAGUGAAAAGAAGGUGGAGCCGGGCUUCGUGCCCAAUAAAGGCCGUCUGCACUGUGACCCCACCUUUGAGCUGGAGGAGAUGAUCCUGGAGUCGAGGCCUCUGCACAAGAAGAAAAAGCGGCUGGCCAAGAACAAGUCUCGGGACAGCAGCAGAGACAGCUCCCAGUCGGAGAAUGACUACCUUCAAGACUGCCUGGAUGCCAUCCAGCAAGACUUUGUGAUUUUUAACAGAGAAAAGUUGAAGAGGAGCCAGGAACUCAUGAACGAACCUCUCCCAGGCCCUGAGACUUCAGAUAUGACAGAUUCCACUGCAGACAGUGAGGCAGAACCCACAGCCCUGCCCAUGUGUGGCUCCAUCUGCCCCUCAUCUGGGAGCAGCUAAGCCAACUGGACUGUGUCCUAGGGCAGUUCUCUCUCAGGCUGCUUUGAAGACUCAGGACGGCCAGAAGGAGGCAGCAUUGGGGCAAAGGCCUGACCGCCCAGCCUGCCCCUGUCAAUAGGGUGAAACUGCUGGGAGCCAUGGGUGCCCAUCGUCGAGAGUGGUGGCUGGGCAAGGAGAGGCCUCGGUACCUCGAGUGGUUACUUGCACCAGAGAGGGAGUCAUGCAGCCAUCACAAUGGCUGGCCCCUCUAACUGUAGGCUGGCAGAUUACAGGUGGCCAGGGUGGCACAGUAAGGCAGAAGCCCUUGGCUUUCUGGACCCCUUUGAAGUUGGCUGUACAUAGCCUUGUGGCCAGUUUUUGCUGUGGCCUGGCCAGAAUGGCCUUGAGCUUGCCACUCAAGGCUGUCGGGGUGGGAACAGGCCUUGUUGAUUCUGAUAUGUUAUUGAGGGUGGGGGCUGGGGGAGGGAGUGGGUGGGAUGGCUAAAGAAUGUUUUCUAGCGAUACACACUGCUCUGGCAAUUUCUGCAAUUUGUGUAUAGUUUUCACCCCUGAGAAUUACAGUCUAAGAACUGCC